AUGAUUAGGACAAUCAAGCCAAAGAAUGCUCGUUCCAAGAGGGCAUUAGCCAAGAAGGAGGCCAAACUUGUUGAAAAUACUAAAUCAGCACUUUUUGUUCCAGGUUCUACUGGUAACAAGCUUCUUCAUGACGCCAUGUGUGAUUUAAUGGCUUUGAAGAAACCAUUUGCAAAAAAAUUUUCGAAAAAGAAUGAAGUCAGACCAUUUGAAGAUGCUACUGAGCUAGAGUUUUUUGCUGAAAAGAAUGAUUCUUCUUUGAUGGUGUUCUCGUCGCAUAACAAGAAGAGACCAAAUACGUUGGUGUUUACCAGAUUUUUUAACCACAAGGUGUACGACAUGAUUGAGCUUUCAAUAGUGAAUGACCCCAAAUUGAUACAAGACUUCAAGAAGCUCACAUUCACAAUUGGCUUAAAACCAAUGUUUGUUUUUAAUGGACCUGCAUUUGAUAGUCACCCCGUAUACCAACAAAUAAAGUCAAUGUUUAUGGAUUUUUAUCGUGGAGAGGAAACUGAUCUACAAGAUGUCGCUGGGCUACAAUGUAUAAUAGCACUCUCAGUUGGAGAGAUUGAGGAUUCAAACAAUGACAAGGAUUUACCAAACGUCCAUUUCAGAGUAUACAGAUUGAAGACGUUCAAAUCGGGACAGAAAUUGCCCAGAGUUGAAUUGGAUGAAAUUGGACCAAGAUUUGACUUUAAGAUUGGUAGAAGAAGAACACCAGCGCCAGAGGUUGAGAAGGAGGCUCAUAGAAAGCCAAAACAAUUGGAAGCAAAGACCAAGAAAAAUGUCAGUACCGAUUUCAUGGGUGAUAAAGUUGCUCAAAUACAUGUCGGUAAGCAAGACUUGAGUAAACUUCAAACUAGAAAGAUGAAGGGUUUGAAGGAAAGGUAUGAUAUCAGUGAAAGUGAGGAGGGAGAAGAAGAAGAAGAAGAAGAGGAGGAAGAUGAAGAAGACGUAUACAUUUCAGACGAGGAGUAUUUUGCUGAUGAGGUAGAAGAGCCACAAAUUAAGAAGCAAAAAGUAUAG